ACUCAAACCAAGUGAUGGUCUCCCCUCAGGCUCAUUUGCAGAUCUGCCCCAACAUCGACACCAUGUUCUGUGGGGAGUGUGGUCACCGCUGGGAACCCGAUGAGAUCGCGAGCGCGCGCUUCUGCGCAGAGUGUGGAGCUCCACGUGAAGAUGUCCCGCCUCCUGCUUCGGCCCCUGCGCCCGUGCCAGCGUCCACCUCCUCGUUUUCCUCCUCCAGCUCGAGCUUCACCUCCUACGCAGCUCCUGUGUCUACUGCCACCUCUUCCAGCUCCUACUCCACGCCUAGCUACACGUCGGCGCCUUCGAGUGCGUCGGAUUCAUCUCCAUCGACUGCGUAUUCAGCGCCUUCGAUCGCUUCGUAUUCGGCUCCCUCGACUUCGUCCUAUUCUACGCCCGUGACGAGCUCCACUCCGAGUUAUGCUGCGCCACCAAGCUCUGCAACUUCGAGCACAAAGUGCACGCAAUGCGGAGAAGCAUUCGGCGACUCUACCGCCUUAUUCUGCGGAGAAUGCGGCGCUCAUCGUCCCUCGGCCGCCCCAGCAGCUUCACCUGCCCCUGCAGCUGUACCUAAUGACGACGGGGGAGAUUUGUUCGGCGUGGCCUCCACGUCGUACACUGCUCCUCCGUCAACUUCACAACCGAUGACCUCGACCUUUGCGGCGUCGGCCAGUGUCCCUUUCAACCCGUCGUAUGCUGCUCCUGCGGCCUCGGCUAAUGAUCCGUACGCGCCACCUUCUGCAGCGGCACCUCCCGCUGCCUCUCCUGCAGCUCCGGUGCACGACCCGUACGCACCGCCUGCUGCUUCGCCUACGUACGAUCCUUACGCGCCGCCACAGACGCCUGCCGCUCCCGUUGAGCCGCCUGCUUCCGUGAAUCUGGAGGCAGCGGCCCCGUCAGGCAGCAGUAUCAGCACAUUGCUCGCGAAUCUGUCAGUGAGUGCCAAACCCGAAGGUGAAAGAGAUGAACCCGAUGGAAAAGGUGUCGGGGUGCAUAUUCGACAGGUUGUUCGUGCUCGAAACAUGGAUUCAUUGAGUACGAGACUUGAGAUCUCGAACGCUGUGAAGCGUAACCGUACUAAUCCCCAGGAACGCACCGAAGGCUACAACGUGACCAAGGUGAACGAUACUAUCACUGUGGUGCAGAACGAACGCGCUGAUCCGGUCGAGGAACGCUAUUAUAACCAACGUACAAUGCCGGAUAACGGCGAGUGGCUACAGAUUCUGCGCAAGAACCGACAGGCUGGAACCAAGUUCACGGACCCACAGUUCCCGCCUGACGCGUCUUCGAUCUUCCGUGACGCGACUAAUCCGAAGUACCCGCACCUUCAAGAGUACAUCUGGAAGUGGAAGCGCGUGACGGACUUUUUCAACGAGACGGCGUAUGUGGAGAUAACUAUGUUGGAUGACGACAAGAAGCUUGUGUGCAGUAUGUCUAUCAAGAACCCAGCUGAGGCUGAAAGCAUUCUGGAGGUGAUCCGCCAGACCCCGACGUCCGUCGACCCGCAGUUUUUGAAGAUUGCCAAGGAUGCAGUGACCACGGGUGUCACGAAGCGUAAACGCGAUCAUCUGCUGCUUCUCACGAAGAAUAUGAUUGUUCAUAUGAGCGAGUUCGUGCAGGACGGACUACAGCGCUUUGAACUCAUGUGGGAGAAGAGCUUGCUCGACCACUACAAGCCUCUUGCCUUUGCUAGCGUAGGAGAAGGAUCCGGCUAUCGCGUUGAUGGAUCGGAGUCUGGAGUUGUAUCACGCGUCUCGGUGUUAGUGCCUGUGUACUUCCGUGCUCAGGGUACGUGUCUCUUUGACCGUUCGCGCGAGUCCAAGGCUGCUAGUCGUAUCUCCGGUGUUGGCAUUAGUCCUGGUGAUAUGCGUGUUGGAAGACUGGCGGAUGCGUAUGUGUUUGGUGCGCUAUCAAUUUUAUCUACGUCACAGCUUGCGUUGUCGCAGGUUUUCCCUGAGCUGAGUGACGACUUGGUGCGCCCCGAUCGGGUUGAAGUCGGCACUGCUUUCCCGAAGGAACAGCAGUAUAACGAAGAGGGAGUGUAUGCUGUGCGCUUCUGGCGCAACAAUCGCAGCCGCGUGGUUGUUGUUGAUGAUUACAUUCCAUGUAGCCAAUAUGGCAAGCCGGUGUUCGGCUCCUUCACGGGUAGCAACGGCAAGUUUGAGAUCUGGUCGUUGCUGGUAGAGAAGGCGUACGCGAAGCUUCACGGCGGAUACGAGACGAUCGUCGGUGGACAGGAAGGAUAUGCCUUACAAGACCUCUACGGUGGUGUUCCUUCUCGUUACAAGUUGCAGGAGAAGUGCCCGAACGAGGAAGUCGCGUGGCAAGCAAUCAGUAGCGCUCUUCAGGCUGGCUCCCUUGUGGGUUGCAGCAACGAAGACAUGGCCGCUGAAUUGCCCACAGGACUUCGCAAGACUGAUGCCUAUGGUCUCAUGAAACUGGUGGAGCUGGAUUACCAGGGUGAACACACUCGUUUGGUUCAGUUGCGCAACAGUUGGGGCAUUGGAACGCACCAGCAACGUGAGAAGUGGAAAGGUUCAUGGUCUAACGAAGAUCCGAAGUGGCACAGCUUCUCCCGUAUGCAAAAGGUGGAGUGUGGUUUCCAAUUCCGCGAGGACCACACGUACUGGAUGGAUUUCAGCGCUUUUUACUGCUUCUUCACGACUAUCAUCGAGUCGCGUAACCUGUACAACUUCCGAUCCCUUCCGGAUGGACUUGGCAACCCGGUGUCUCCUAGUUUGAGUAUCCACAUUGUGUCAGGGGAGUGGAAUGGUAUUACGAGCGGUGGACGCGAUGCUAUGCACUUGAACCCGCAGGUGCAGCUCUUCUCUCCAGCUACAAAUGGCUGCAACCUGAUCGUCCAUCUGGAGCAGCCAUCGCGCCGAAUGAAGAUGGAGACGGAGUACACUUCGUACAUUGCACCGGUUGUAGUGAAGAAUGGAGAGCGUCAGCAGCGCAAGAUUGACCUCUCGCAGGAUGUAGUGGCUACGGGUACCUUCAUUUCGAACCGUAGCUGCGUUCUGGAGCUCCCGUUGAUGCCAGCUGAUGGCGGCAAGCCGUUCGUGAUCAUUCCAGCGACCUAUGAUGGUCAUCUGCCGUAUCAACUGGGCUUUUCGAUGACACUCUUCACGUCCAAGCCGACGGCAGUGGUGCCAGUCUCGGACACGGGUUCGCUGCCUGUAUGCUGCAUUUGUCAGAAGGCGCUAUCGGGCACAUUCCGUACUUUCACGCACGAGCAAGACGGACAGAGGAAGGUCGACCGUGUGUGCCAAGGCGCUUGUGUGGACGCGUACCGUGAGCGUAAUACUCCUGUUUGUGUGGACUGCCACCAGCGCAUUGAAGUGGUGGAAGGCCGAUUCUCGGGCCGGAUGUUCACUCUCCCGGACGGCUCCAGUGUACACGCCGAGUGCAUUGACGCGUACCAGAUCCGUACGUCGGAAAAGUGUAUCCACUGUGGUCACGCGAUUGCUGCCAUUCCUGGUCGUUUUGACGGCAAAUAUUACCAGGUUAACGGCGGCAAGUGCCAUGGUGAAUGCAUGGAGGCGUACCAGAUGGCCACCGCCCAGCGCUGCGUGCAUUGCGGUGAGCCUGUGAUCAAGCUCGCAGGAAAGUUUGACGGUCGCUUUUACAAGAUCGAGGGAGAGCGCCUUGUGCAUUUCGAGUGCUGGGAGCAGUACCAGCAGUCGGUGGCACCUAAGUGUGUGCACUGCGCGCAGCCAAUUCUACAGAUCCCCGGGCGGUUCGAUGGUCGUUUUUACGAAUUGGCCAGCGGAAUCGGCAAAGUUCACUUUGAGUGCUGGAACGCCUACCAAACGCUCGCGAAUGCGCCGAAGUAAGCAAAAGGAUACGAUGGCUCGAGAGAAGAGCCCAGACACGAUCACAAAUCAUGUUAGCUGCAGGAAGUAGGGUAUUGGUGCCUGCUAACUUUUGAAUUGAACAAAACAAAGACGACUACAAUGAGCAACCGGAGUAGUAGUUUAGCAAUGCA